AUGAGCUCCAAUACAAUUGAUAUAGCAGAGAGAACAGCUGCAGCAAGGCGAGAGGCAGAGCAAUUGAAAGACAAGAUAAAGCAAAAGAAAGAGGCUUUAGCAGAUACUACACUCAAUCAAGUAGCACAAAACGUCGAGAAAUUACCACGGCUAUCAAUGAAAGUGCGUCGUACAUUAAAAGGACAUUUAGCAAAGAUUUAUGCUAUGCAAUGGGCAGCCGACAAACGACAUCUAGUAUCUGCUUCGCAAGAUGGAAAACUGCUGGUAUGGGACGCCUACUCAACAAAUAAAAUAUACGCUAUACCAUUGAGAUCGUCGUGGGUCAUGACAUGUGCUUAUGCGCCAACUGGAAAUUUUGUGGCAUCGGGUGGAUUGGACAACGUGUGCUCGAUAUUCAAUCUAAAGGCAAGAGAAUCACCAACGAAACCAGCAAGAGAGCUAUCGGGUCACACAGGCUAUAUAAGCUGCUGUCGAUUCCUUAGUGAUACGCAGAUCCUGACGUCGAGUGGUGAUACAACAUGUGUGCUUUGGGAUAUUGAUGCUGGUGUAAAGAUUGAUGAAUUUACUGAUCAUACUGGAGAUGUCAUGAGUUUGUGCAUCUCGUCAAAUCCAAAUGUGUUUGUUUCGGGCGCUUGCGACGCAACUGCUAAAAUUUGGGACAUUAGAAGCAAAAAAUGCGUACAAUCCUUCAGUGGUCAUGAAUCAGAUAUCAAUGCAGUCCAGUUCUUCCCUAACGGCAAUGCUAUCGGUACAGGAUCUGAUGACGCCAGUUGCCGAUUAUUUGAUCUGCGAGCCGACCGCGAGCUCAACAUCUUCACUCAUGAACAAGUCUUUAGUGGAAUCACAUCAGUAGCAUUUUCGAUUUCUGGAAGACUCUUAUUCGGUGGUUAUGAUGACUAUCACUGUCAUGUUUGGGAUACUUUAAGAGGUGAAAGAGCAGGUGUCUUGAGUGGACAUGAAAAUCGAGUAUCAUGUCUAGGUGUAUCAACAGAUGGUAUGGCUCUAUGUACAGGCAGUUGGGAUAAUCUAUUGAAGAUUUGGGCUUAA